GAUGGUUGCAUGUACAUACUGAGCCACACCCUCUCUCGGUCACGUUCCCCGACGUUCAAGCAUGCGCACGCGCAAGGAAAGCUUGAACGGUGAGCCCCACCCCUCUUUAGCGAUCCUUAUAAAAAAUUUUGGAGAUAUGUAAACACCCGCUAAACAUUGAUACAGUGGCGUAGCACAGAUACAAGGAGGUACGUAAAGACAACAACAAACAGAAGAUCUGCUUUACUCUCCACUGCAAACUGCUUUACGGAUGGCGGAAACCCCAGCGGUCGACGAGACGUUGAAACAGGACGACGUGACGCGAAUUUUGGACGAGCUUGUGGAGGCGCAGAACCAGUCCUACACACUCGGGCUCAAGCUAUUGCCGCCACACGAGGUGGAGGCGAUUCACCGCCAAUACCAGGAUCCCAAAGAGCGUCUGCUGCAAAUUCUUCUUGCCUUCACGAGGCAAAACCAGCCCAGGCCGACAUGGAGGGUCAUUGUGGAAGCUCUCAGGAGUCGUUCUGUCAAUCUACCAGGUCUAGCUGCGAGGGUGGAAGCAACUCAUUUCCCUGACUCUACCGCAACACGUGAUGUGUUACCUGAGACUACUACUGACACCAAAGAGUCUGCAGCCACCACUACUGCUGGUGAUGAUGCUCUCAAGAAUCCUGUAGUCGGUCUAACGGCUCUCGCUAGGAGAGUGGAAGCAGCUAAUUUCCCUGACUCUACCGCAACACGUGAUGUGGUACCUAAUGAGUCUGCAGCCAACACUACUACUGCAGCUGGUUAUGGACAUGAGAUAAGAACAGAGCCAUCAUCUCAAUGUGCUACUGGCCUAAAACCAUACCGCACGCCUAAGGAGGUUGAAGAUGAUAUUCAUGUUCUUGAGUAUAAACUUAACUGUCUAAAGAAAAGAGCUAUAGAAUUGCUUGAAGCAAGUAAACUUGGGGUUAAAGAUGUCGUAUAUGAAUUAACGACAUUAAGUUCAUCUGAAAUAGAUCAAUACAAAGUUUUCCUCAAAGAGAAAUUAAAGGAGCUUAGAAAAAGCGAGGAUUACUUGGAAUUAUUUAGUCACCUUAACCUCCACUGGACAUAUCUUUCUCCGCAUUUUCUGAAACACCUUGUAAACAACCUUUUGCCCCUAAAUGGAAUGAAAAGUGAUAUGGAAGACUAUAUGAAUGAUCUUCACAUUUUUCGUGAGCGAAUGCCUUUAGACCUUUUCUGCGAGGUUGGUAAUAAGUGCAUUGAGCAACCAGAUGGGUUUCAGAAGGUAGUGGUUAAGUUUAAAGAAGUCAAACCAACAAAAGAAAAGCUAACUUUACAAGACAUUGAGGAUUUCCGGCAGCAAUAUGGGAGUUCCUAUCAACUCCGUGACUUUGCCAUCAUGCUAAGAGAUGAAGUUAAGAAAAUGUCCUUCGUCCUUACAUUCUUUAUCCCAGACUCGUUAGCGUGAACUCUUAAGAAGCACUAAGGUUCCCUAGGGAAUAAAUUGCUCUCUUAAAUGUGGGUUCAAAACUUGAUGUGCCUGGACGUGCCUUUAUAGUG